AUGAUGAAUCUACUAUUGUUGAUUAUGGCUUCGUCCAUUCUUCUUUUAUUUCAGCUAGGCUUGACUACGGCAUUUCAGUCGAGUCUCCCUCUUUCCUUAUCCUCCAUACACCCACAACAAGCAGUAUGCCAAUGGCCAUCUACAGCUUCAGCUUCAGCUGCUGUGGUUGAGGAAACAGAGUUGAUAGAACGAACAAAAGAUCCACCAGAUGACUGGGAUGAGCAAUUUGAGAAACUCCAAUCGUUCAAAGAAGAGCACGGACACUGCAAUUUCCCCCAGAAUGCUUCAAUGGAGCUUCAAAAGCAGUAUCCGACACUGGCAAGCUUCUGUCACCGUCAGCGCAUUGACUACAUGAAUUUGCGGGCCGACAGGCGCCGCUCUCGCAGGAUGGGCCUAACGACAUUUGAUCGCAACGCUCGAUGCUGUCGACUGAAAGAAAUCGGAUUUGAAUUUCAUACGCAACGAGCCAAAUGGUAUGACCACUACUAUGAACUGCUACAGUAUCGCAGUGACAAUGGUCAUUUGCGUGUGACGGAAAGUGAGAACAGUCGACUCUACGCUUGGAUAUUUCGACAGAGGCAAAUUGCAAAUGGCGAAGACUGUCCAAAUCGUUCCGAAGCACAUGUCAAGUUGCUGGAAAAUAUCGGUUUCACAUGGAAAUCGGAGCGAAAGGACGCCUUAUGGAUGGAGAAAUACCAAGAGCUUGUCGACUCUCGUAACAAACAUGGGCAUCUAUUGGUAGACUAUAAAUCAAAGCUUUAUGAGUGGAUAAGCGUACAAAGAAAAAGGAGCAACUCUCUCACAGACGAACGAAAACGAUUGUUGGAUGAAAUAGAAUUCCCAUGGAAGGGCGAGCGAUUUUUCGACAGGUGGCUCGCCAAGUACAACGAGCUCGAAGAAUUCCAUAAGAUACAUGGACACUGCCAGCCAUGUUACGUUCAGAACCUCCCUCUAUACGACUGGGUAAGAACUCAACGCGUUCAUCGUGACAAUGGAGUUCUCUCGACCAGCCAAAUUCAAUUGCUGGACGAUAUCAACUUCGCUUGGGAACGCAAAGUAACUUGGCGAACAAUGUUCGCCGAGCUUGUGGAGUAUUACAAUCUGCACGAACACCUUCAGGUCAACCAAGGUGAUGAUCCAGAGCUCUAUGAUUGGAUGGCAUUGCAACGGAAGCACUAUCAUGAUGGGAUUAGAAAGAAAAAAAUGUCGGACAUAAGCAUCGAAAAGUUGGAAGAGAUCAACUUUUGCUGGUCACAAGAUUGGAAAGAACGGGUGUGGCAUGAAAUGUACACGGAAGCAGUCGAGUUCUAUAAGGAGCAUAGUCAUGUUCGGGUGAAGAAGAAGGACAAUCCAAGUCUCUACAAUUGGAUUGCGACACAAGGAAAGAGGUACAAGAAAACGAAGGGUCACAAACCAUUGUCGGAAGAGGAAUUGGAACUAUUGGAACAGAUUGACUUUGUUUUCUUCAACAACCAGCCUCGCAUGUCUUGGAAUGUAAGGUAUGCUGAACUGGAGAGGUAUCGAGAGGAGAAUGAUGGGUGUUUUCCAGAUCACCGAGACGACCCGAAACUGAACUUAUGGAUCAGACAACAGCGUAAGAGACUGAGAAGCUCGUAUGGAUACAUACCACUCUCGGACGAGCAAAAGUCAAUGUUGGAGAGUAUCGACUUUCCUAUACUGCCCAAGGGACACGAUUUGAGAGUCUGGUAUGAAAUGUAUGAUGAGCUAGUUGAGUUUUGGAAGCGCCAUGGGCACUUUUUGGUGACACAAUAUGAACCCGAAAACCGAAAGCUUCUUAAAUGGGUUGACUACCAGCGGUCGAAAUACAAUGGCUGUGGCUGUGUCAGGGCACUGACAAAUUCAGAAAAGUAUCUUUUGGAACGGAUUGGAUUUCCGUGGACAUCUGGUUUCAAGGAAAUGGAGUGGCAAACAACAUAUGCGGAGCUUGUCCGGUUUCAACAGAAACAUGGACAUCUGCAAGUUACAAAACGGGAGGACCGAGAGCUGUACAACUGGAUAAAGUAUCAAAGAGACAGGUACGCGAAUAAAGGACCCACAAAGGUACCAACACACCAAAUUGAGCAAUUGAAUAAGAUUGGUUUUCGCUGGGUGACAGAAAAUGACGACUGA